AUGAGCCCGUUUCUCGCUUUCUUCCUUCUCCAAAUUUUGGUAGUGCUUCUUGCUAACGAUUCACGCCAAUUUUCGCCGCCGCCGUCGUCGAUGCCCGUCACGAUUCACGUCGCCGUCGAAAUUGACCUCCUCCGGCAAGUCGACUGCUCGAGCUCCUCCGGCGAAUCGAACUUCUCGAAGCCGGCACUACCAAAACGGACCCUCAAGGUACGGUUCUAUGAGGUUGAAAUGCAUAUGGAGGGCCUCGAGAAGCUGGUUCCGGAUUGGUUUUGUAAGAAAUUGGCACGUAAUGGUGACCUUUUGUACAGCAUGAAGAAAGUUUCGGAUCUGAAGUCCAUUCGUGAAAGAGUUAAUGUCAUGUAA